UGAAGAUGGCGUCUUCCAAGCAGGGCGGGCCAGCAACAGCGUCUAGGAAAAGUGAAUUUCGUAGCCAGAAGCCGAAGCCGGAGAGCCGAGAUGAAUCAGAACUCCUCACUGUUCCUGAUGGUUGGAAGGAGCCAGCUUUUUCCAAAGAGGACAAUCCCAGAGGACUCUUGGAGGAGAGCAGUUUUGCAACUUUGUUUCCAAAAUAUAGAGAGGCUUACUUGAAAGAGUGCUGGCCAUUGGUACAGAAAGCCUUGAGUGAACAUCAUGUUAAUGCAACCCUGGACCUGAUCGAGGGCAGCAUGACUGUCUGUACAACAAAGAAGACAUUUGAUCCAUAUAUCAUCAUUAGGGCCAGAGACCUAAUAAAGCUGUUAGCAAGGAGUGUUUCAUUUGAAAAGGCAGUAUGA